AUGACCGAAGCCGAAGACCCCGCGGAAGACGACCGGUCCGUCGAAUUAUCUUCGAUCGUCGCAAUAUUUCCGGAGAUAAAAAUUGACCCGCAAUUUCCGUUCAAGGCUGUGUUGGAUUUGCCCGUCGCAUUACCGUCGCCCACCCGGGUCAGCUUCCAACAACCGCUCGAUGGCGGCCUCCCCGCAGCGCUCACGCCACCAACGUCCGUCGAUGUCUCCAAGGCCGAUCUUGAACAGGCCGCUGUGAGAGAUGUCCACAUGUUGUCGCAUCUACCACCUCUCAACCUGGAGAUCGAAUUACCUGACGGAUACCCCUCUGAAAAACCUCCGAUUGUUAAUCUCACCACCCACCCGCGAUGGCUUUCGCCGUCAACCCUCACAAAAUUGGCCGAGGAUUGCCAACGCUUAUGGAGUGAAUGUGGGCAGGAUAUGGUUGUCUACACAUACAUUGACCAUCUACACCAACUGGCUGAAACAGCCUUCGGGAUCCAAGACGCAUCGGACGGCGAGCUUUCUCUAUCGCGUGAUUUGAAGGUCGCAUUGCUAGACUUUAACAAUUCUACGGAGCGCGAGAAGUUUGAGCACCAAACUUUCGAGUGUGGGGUCUGUCUCGAGCCGAAGAAGGGUAUGAACUGUCACCGGCUCUUGCGAUGUUCGCACGUCUUUUGCGUACCAUGCUUGCAAGACUUUUAUAAUGCGUCCAUCACGGAGGGCGAUGUUGAAAACAUUAAAUGCAUGGCGCCGAACUGUGAUUGGAACAAGAAUUCGAGCCCCGCCCCCGGUAGUGAAGGGCCAACUCCCCGACGCAAGAAGCAUGACCCGACGCUUGGACCCAAUGAACUUCUCCAGAUUCCACUUGCACCAGAGACCGUGCAACGAUACGUCCUGCUCAAGCGCAAAAAGAAGAUUGAAGCUGAUAAAACCACGAUUUACUGUCCACGACAAUGGUGUCAAGGUGCAGCACGAUCAAAACGGCAUCCCAAACCUUCCGAUCCAAUGGCAGACGACCUUGAAUCUUCGGACGAUGAAGAAGCCUUUGAAUUCGAUCCCCGAGGAGAUGAGUCACAACUUCCUCCUCCCGCUGAUCGUUUAGCUAUCUGCGAAGACUGCAAUUAUGCCUUCUGUUCCGUCUGCAGAGGCAAUUGGCACGGUGUGCUUGUCCGGUGCUACCCACGCCGCGCCGCUGAGCAAACCGAGGAAGAGAAGGCUACCGAUGAGUAUCUACGAUUAUACACAUCUCCAUGCCCGACAUGCAACGUGCCCUGCCAAAAGCUAAUGGGCUGCAACCACAUGAUCUGCCGCCAAUGCGAUACCCAUUUCUGCUAUCUCUGCACAAGCUGGCUCUCAGCCGAUAAUCCAUACGAGCACUUCAACAACGGCAAUAACCAGUGCUACAACCGUCUCUGGGAUCUGGAGGGUGGCGACGGUCUCAAUCCUGUGGGUGCGGAACUUUUACACCGCAUCCCAGAACACCUCCUCCAUUUCGAUGAUAACGAAGAAGACGAUAAUGAAAAUUUACACGAUGAUGAUAACAAUGAUGAUGAUGACGACGACGACGAUGAUGACGAAAUUCCCGAAUGGCUUGAGCUUCGUCCUCGCCCUCCACCCCCAGCCCCCGUUCCGCCCCGUCCGCCUCACGCCGCCGCCCGAGGCCGCGGCGAUGAUCAAGGUCGAGCCGCCCGUGCCGCCGCGCUAGAGCGACAAGCCCAGGCCCGCGCCAUCGCCGAAGUCCGUAACCGUCAACCGGGCGAGCGGCCCCGCCGCCGUGCUCGUCCCCUUGUAGCUGGCCGUCCUCCUUUCCCCGGUCGCCCUGCUGCUCUCCCUGGCCGUCCUGCCCGUCUUCCUGCGCCCGAUCUUCUUCCGGAUGAACGGUUCGUGGAAUGGCAAGCUGGUCUGCAGCAUUUCCUGGCACUUGUUCAGGAUGACCGUGAAGACGAAUGGGAUAGUGACGAGCUGGAUGAAGCCGAGCUUUGA